UAGCGGCUGUCUAGGCGAUCCAGUUUGUGCGCAGGGUCCGGUCUAAAAAGCUUCGACAUCAGAGCCCACAGCCACGCGACAACCCGGGUCCGUCCUUCUUGUGAAGGUUACAUUGGUGCAAACUUGAUUCCCACACGCCCAUCGACCCCCGUAAUAGGAGUUGAAGGCGUCUUUGAAUCAUCGAGCGCGUGCGUGCCCGCAUGGCAUCUGUCCAGCACACUUCUUCUCCUGGCCACGGCCAGUCACAGUCCCUUCUCCACCAACAAGCCCCCCAAAUCGGGCAUACCAACGGUCACCCUGGGCCUCCGAUGUCACAACAGCAACAGCAAGGGAAACCCAACGUUUUUCAGCAGUUGACGGCGAUCAAUGAGGUGACAUGGCUGCAAAUCGGCAGCCUCACCGAGCUGAUGGGCGAUCUCGACCGAGCCACACAGGCAUACGAGGCGGCGCUUCGAAUGAACCCGUAUUCGAUUCCUGCCAUGAACUCGAUCUCGUGUAUCUUGCGAACCAAAGAGCAAUUUCCCAAGGCUGUCGAGUAUCUGCAGAGCAUUUUGAACAUGGACAGCAGCAACGGAGAGAUUUGGGGGUCAUUAGGACACUGUUAUCUUAUGAUGGACGAUCUGCAGAAAGCUUAUUCCGCCUACCAGCAAGCGCUGUACCACCUUCGCGAUCCCAAGGAACCGAAAUUGUGGUACGGAAUCGGCAUUCUCUAUGACCGGUAUGGUUCGCUGGAGCACGCGGAGGAGGCUUUCUCUCAGGUGAUGAGGAUGGAACCAACUUUCGAGAAGGCCAAUGAAAUCUACUUCAGGUUGGGUAUAAUCUACAAACAGCAACAGAAGUACCAGCAGAGCUUGGAGUGCUUCCGUUACAUCGUCUCCGAUCCGCCUGGGCCGUUGACCGAAGAAGACAUCUGGUUUCAGAUCGGACAUGUCCACGAACAACAGAAAGACUACAAUGCCGCAAAAGAGGCAUACACGAGGGUGCUCGAUUCGGACCCGAACCAUGCCAAAGUGCUACAGCAACUUGGCUGGCUUCACCACCAGCAAAAUGGCGGCUUCGAAAGUCAAGAACUCGCGAUCGAAUACCUCGAAAAAUCGGUCAGCGCUGACAACACCGAUGCCCAGAGUUGGUAUCUCCUGGGACGUUGCUACAUGUCUCAACAAAAGUACCCCAAGGCGUAUGAAGCCUAUCAACAGGCCGUCUACCGCGAUGGCCGAAACCCCACAUUUUGGUGCUCCAUCGGUGUUCUUUACUACCAGAUCAACCAGUACCGCGAUGCCCUGGACGCGUACUCCCGUGCGAUCCGCCUCAACCCUUACAUCUCGGAGGUGUGGUACGACCUCGGAACACUGUACGAGUCGUGCAACAACCAGACUAACGAUGCUCUCGAUGCUUACCAACGCGCCGCAGAGUUGGAUCCUACCAACCAACACAUCAAGUCGCGGCUGCAACUCUUGCGAAGCGGUCAGAACUCGGGUGUGCAGCUUCAAGCCUCGGCGCCUCCUCCUCAGGAUGUCCACCCUCAAGCGUACCAGGCUGCCGCGGUGACCGGUCCCCCUGGCCCUCAAUGGGGCUCGCAGGCGCCUCCGUCCGCAGCACCCGUGCGACCACACGCAACCCCGACGCUUCCCCAGAUUCCGACCCAGCAACCCAACCAGGGCCCCUACAGCAGGCCUAGCGAGCCUCAGCCUCUGCCUCCGCAGAGACACAUGAGCCCCGACCACAUGAGGCGGCAAGCGGAAGAAGUCAACAGACACACUCCCAUCCGACGAGGACUUUCGCCUUCUCCCAAAUUCCCCAAUCACUCUCCUCAGUCCCAGUACCCUCCUCCGUUGCAGACACAGCAGCCGCCUCCUCCUCCGAACCGCAUCCUCAACCCUCAUCACAACCCAUCUCCCCAGCACGUGCUUCCGCCCGCUUCCAACGGCAACAACAUCACGUUACCUCCGUACCAAGGUGGUGGGGGACGAGUCAGUCCACCGCCUGAAGUCAAGCCGACCGUGGAGGACCGUCUGCCGUCACCCGAGCCUGCUGGAUACGCCCACACUCGCAUUGCGGCCCAGCGGCAGCAGCAGAUGCAGCAGCAGCAGCAGCAGCAGCAACAACAACAGCAGCAACAGCAGCAGCAACAGCAGCAGCAACAGCAGCAGCAACAGCAGCAGCAGCCACAACAGCAGCCACAGAGCAGUGGGAUCGCCGGAGGUGCUCCCCCGCCAGUGUCCGCCACAAUGGCCGCCGAGGCCGCCCAACGGGACAGGGAGGAGAAGACCCAGCACAUACCAAUCAAAAGGCAGAGGGAAUGGGAAGACGACGAUGGUGUUGUCAAGAAGCCUGCUUCGGAGGAGAACCGAGCGAGAAUGGAGGACGUCCAUCACCACCGAGCCUCUCCACCUCCUCAGCAUCAGAGACGGGGCGAAUCUCUCGAACGCGAACGCGAGCGAGAACGUGGUAACGGCAGGGAAGAGUACCACCAUGGUCCUCCCCCACCACCACCGCCACCACCGCCGCCGCCACCUCACUCGCUUCCUCCGCUCAGCCAUCAGCAGCUACCGCCCAUGUCGGAGGCACCACGGAUGCCCGAGCAGCGGAGGGAGGAAACAAAAGAAGUUGUCGAGCCCGCGGCCCGUAAGGUUGAGGAAGAUGACGAGUACGAUGAAGAGGAGGAUGUAAAACGAGGUUCCGAGAACUCCCGGCACAAGGAGAACAGCAGUCCAAAUUCCAAGAGCACCAAUGGCAUUUCGAGUGGACCUGGCGGCGAGAAAUAAAUGCGACAGAUGAAAGGUUACGCCGCGGCUACAGCCGUUUCCAGGGGGAUGUCGUUUAGGUAUGCGAGUGUUGAGAUCUACGGAUGCCGAGUUGUAUGGGU